AGUUUUUGUGCAAUAAUAAUGAUACAAUAAAUUAACAAAAUCUUAAUUGGUUUAUGUGAAAAUGAUUAAUUGAACGGUAAUUAUUAAUCGAGCAAGCCUGGGCGUAAGUCUGCUCAAAUGAAAGGAUUAUUAUUGAAGGAUAUUCCUCAAAACAACAAUGGAAAUACUGGUGACGAAUCUUAUCAACAACAAAUUGACAAAUCAAAUUUGGGUAACCCGACAAAAGCGAAUCAAAAUAACCAGCGCAAUGUUCAUGAACCAAGUUCUCCUCCAUUGUACCCACCAAGACCUCUGGAUCCGAUAAUAAGAUUUUUGCAAGAACAACAUCAGUUGAUGUUAGCUGGUUUGCAUGCUGAGAUUGAGUCUCUAAAGAAGAAAAAUACAGAGCUCCAGUUUCAAUUGGUUUUCUCCAAAAAUAAGACAAACGCCCCUUGCAGCAUUCCUUCGUCUCCGGAAGAUGAUUCUAAAUCUCAGAUUUCUUUAAGCCCAAAAGAGAUCAAUGAAUCGCCGCUUCAAGUUGAGCUUUUAGAAAAAGAGUUAUCGGAAACUAAAUUGUCUCUACAACAUGCGAACACAAGAAGUGCGUGUUUGGCCGCUUUGGUCGACGAGCAGAAUAAAAAAAUCGAAGCAUUACGAGCUACAGGCUCCGAAGAAAAAGAUCCUGAUCCAGAUUUGCAACAUGCUUUGCAGGAAUCUGAGAGACUUGUGAGAUGCUUGCGCAGAGAAAACGACGAACAAAGAAGAGAGUUAGCUUCCUUAAGGGCCGCAGUGGCUGGUCAGGAGAAUGCAAAUCAAAAUCAAGCUUGCGCAAGCAAUGGACGUGGCCAACGUGGAAGAAAUCAACCUAAUGCAAGAAACAACGCAGGAAACAACCGCAAUAUGGGCAAUCACCAAUCAGGAAGACAAGGUGGUCACCAAUAUGAACAACAACGAUUUCCAAGACUUCCUACACAAAACUUCUGGCACCAAAACGGAAAAAUGGACGAGAACGAGAAAUCGGAUCCAAAUUUUCAAGGUGCAUUACAAGAAGCUGAACGAGUAGUCAGAUGUCUUCAAAGAGAAAAUGAUGACCAGAGAAGAGAAUUAGCAACAUUAAGGGCUGCUCUUGCUGGUCAAAAUCAACCCGGUGGCAGUACACAACGCAGUCAGCGCGGAAAAAAUCCAGCAAAUCCUCGAAACAAUAGUGGAAAUAAUCGUCAUCAGACUGGAAGGCAGGGCGGACACCAAUACGAACAGCAGCCAAGAUUUCCUAGAUUGCAAUCACAAAGCUUUUGGAACCAAAGAGGCCAAGAUUUUGGGAACUCGGAGAGAUAAAUUAGAAGAACUUUUAGAACAUCUAAUUUAAGUAGAAAAUUGCUCAAAUAACUGCGAUCACUGUGUUGUAUCCAUGAUAAUAUUGCUUGCAUUAAUUAUUUCAUAUGUAUUCAUAUUGCACUCAUGUUAUCAAUCAGAUUAAUAAUUAAAUUCUAUUUAAUAUAGAAACGUAUACUGAAUAACUAACAACUGAUCAAUAUUAAAGUACAGUUUCCUUCACUGAAAUACAAUAAA